AUGAAACAUCUUUCAACACAACAGGAAAUUGUUUUAAAACUAAAUUUAUUAGAUUCCCGGGUAACCAGAACCAAGCUUCUAUUGGACUACUAUAGACGGCGCCGAAAUAACUCCAUAAAUAAGCUGCAAAUGUUACAGGUGCAGCAACUACAUUUACUAUGUGCUUUACUGGAUGAACCUCGUCCCUAUCGUACUGUAUGGACAUAUUCCCAAGAGACCAAUUUCUGGGAAAUCGAAGCCCAACAAAUGCCGGAGGAUGUAUUUAAGGACAAAUUUGGUGUAAAUCGCAAAUCAUUCAACAAGCUAUGUGAAUUUUUAACACCAAUGACAAAAUUGGAUAGUGAAUUUCGUAAAUGUAUACCAUUGGACAAGAGAAUUGCCAUAUGCCUAUACGCUUUGAGGCAUUCGACAUUUUAUUCGGAAGUUGGUAGUGUUUUUGGUAUUGGAAAAUCAACGGUAUGCAUUCUAUUGAAAGAACUUAUACAAUUUGUUGUGGAAACGAUGCGGGAGAAAUAUAUGCCAAAGGAGUUUCUAACACCCGAAGUUUUGCGGGAAUGUGUGGGAGGUUUUGAAAAAUUGGGUGUACCACAAUGUUGUGGGGUACUGGAUGGUCAUCGUUUUAAUAUCAGCUGUAACAUGCGUGAAGGUAGAGAUUAUUUAACUCUAUUGGCUUUAGUGGAUCACAAUCACAAAAUCCGCUAUGCUUAUGUGGAUAGCAAUGAUGGCUGGAAUUAUCCUUCAGUUUAUAAUAAAACAGACUUGCCACAAAUGUUCUCCCGUCGUGGCGAAAUACUCAAAACUAUGUCAAAAAAUAUCAACGGUAUUGAAGUUCCGAUUUUCAUGAUUGCCGAUACAUCAUUUAAUCUAUCCGAACAUGUAAUGAAACCUUAUGUCUAUGGCAUUAGUUCUUCAGAUCCGGAGAAAAUCUUCAACAAUAAUUUACAGAAAUGCCAUCAGGUUGUUGGCGAAACAUUUACCCAGUUGAAGGCACGUUUUCGUCGCCUAACAAAUGGUAUACCAUCGAAUAUUGCCAAUGGCCGUAAUACAAUCUACAUUUGUUGUAUUCUACAUAAUUUUUUACUCGAACAAAAUGAUGAAAUUCCCAGCGAAUGGAUUGAGAAGCAGAGUAAUUUAGACAGGUUGCCAAAUAGCAGUGGUUUGCUGCAAGAAUUUGAAACAAUCGAAUUUGAUUUUCGUGCAGAGGAAAUACGCAACUGUUUGGCAAGUUAUAUGUACGAUACACAAUUGAAGACUGAGUAA